CCCUCCCCGCGCCGCUCGCAGCCGCAGCCCCCGGACCCGGAGGAUUAUGAGCGAACCAUGAGGCGGCUGCGGCGCUGGGCGAUCGCGGCUCUCCUGCUGCUGCCGCUGCUCCCCCCGCCCGGUCUUGGGGCCCUGGGUCCCAGCGGAGCUCUGCAUUGGAGGAGCUCAGCCCAGAUGGGGAGCCCAGAGAGCCCAGAGGGCCCCGAGGUCACAGAGCCCAGCCGGCUGGUAAGGGAGAGCUCCGGGGGAGAGGUCCGAAAGCCGCAAGUGGACACCAGGGUCCGCCAGGAUCCACCCAGGGGGACGCCCGUGCACCUGGCCCAGGUGAGUUUCGUCAUCCCAGCCUUCAACUCAAACUUCACGCUGGACCUGGAGCUAAACCACCACCUCCUGUCCUCGCAGUACGUGGAACGCCACUUCAGCCGAGAGGGGACCACGCAGCACAGCACUGGGGCUGGAGACCACUGCUACUACCACGGGAAACUCCGGGGCAACCCACAGUCUUUUGCCGCGCUGUCCACUUGCCAGGGGCUGCACGGGGUCUUCUCUGAUGGGAACCUGACUUACAUCAUAGAGCCCAAAGAGAUGGCUGGGCCUUGGGGCCCCCCACAGGGACCCCUUCCCCACCUCAUUUACCGGACCCCUCUCCUCCCAGCCCCCCUCGGAUGCAGGGAACCAGGUUGCCUGUUUGCUGGCCCUGCCCAGUCUGCUCCUCCCACCCGGCCCAGGCUGAGGAGGAAAAGGCAGGUCCGCAGGGGCCACCCCACGGUGCACAGCGAGACCAAGUAUGUAGAGUUGAUUGUGAUCAACGACCACCAGCUGUUCGAGCAGAUGCGCCAGUCAGUGGUCCUCACCAGCAACUUCGCCAAGUCUGUCGUGAACCUGGCGGAUGUGAUAUACAAGGAACAGCUCAACACAAGAAUUGUGCUGGUUGCCAUGGAAACAUGGGCAGAUGGGGACAAGAUCCAGGUGCAGGAUGACCUGCUGGAGACCCUGGCCCGGCUUAUGGUCUACCGGCGGGAGGGUCUCCCUGAGCCCAGUGAUGCCACCCACCUCUUCUCGGGUAGAACCUUCCAGAGCACCAGCAGUGGGGUGGCCUACGUGGGGGGCAUCUGCUCACUGUCCCGGGGUGGAGGUGUGAACGAGUACGGCAACAUGGGCGCUAUGGCCGUGACCCUGGCCCAGACGCUAGGGCAGAACUUGGGCAUGAUGUGGAAUAAACACCGGAGCUCGGCAGGGGACUGCAAAUGUCCAGACAUCUGGCUGGGCUGCAUCAUGGAGGACACUGGGUUCUACCUGCCCCGCAAGUUCUCGCGCUGCAGCAUCGACGAAUACAACCAGUUUCUGCAGGAGGGAGGCGGGAGCUGCCUGUUCAACAAGCCCCUCAAGCUCCUGGACCCUCCUGAGUGCGGGAAUGGCUUCGUGGAGGCGGGGGAGGAGUGCGACUGCGGCUCGGUGCAGGAGUGCAGCCGGGCGGGUGGCAACUGCUGCAAGAAAUGCACCCUGACUCACGACGCCAUGUGCAGCGAUGGGCUCUGCUGUCGCCGCUGCAAGUAUGAGCCGCGAGGUGUCUCCUGCCGAGAAGCGGUGAAUGAGUGUGACAUCGCAGAGACCUGUACCGGCGACUCAAGCCAGUGUCCUCCUAACCUGCACAAGCUGGAUGGUUACUACUGUGAUCACGACCAGGGCCGUUGCUAUGGAGGCCGCUGUAAAACCCGGGACCGGCAGUGCCAAGCCCUUUGGGGCCAUGCGGCUGCAGAUCGUUUCUGCUAUGAGAAGCUGAAUGUGGAGGGGACAGAGCGUGGGAACUGUGGCGCAAGGAUCUGGCUGGUCCAGUGCAGUAAGCAGGGACUGGGGGGACUCAGCAGUGUCACCCACCACAGGCAAGGAGCUGGACUGCAGGUGUUGAUCUGGACCACGGUCUGGGUGGGGACUGGAGUGGUGGGCUGGGGACAUCGAGGCUGGCUCUCCCGUGCUCUCCAAGGGAGUCACGUGCAGCUGCUGCGGCUCCGACUGAGCUACGUAGAGGACGCACUGCCUGGGACGGCUCACUGCCGCCGCACAGGUUUGCAGCAACCUGAAGAGGGAGAUGCCUUAUGUGUGCCUAUCCCCUGCCGCAGCCCCGCUUCAACCAGCACCUGCACCGGGCAGAAGGGAACUGCAUUGUCCACACCCGGGGUGGGUGCUGGGCAUAGCGCCCCCAACUCACCGGGCGCGUCGCUCACCAGGGGAGAACCGAUGAGAUACAAAGGUCCCAGCGGUACCAACAUCAUCAUUGGCUCCAUCGCCGGGGCUGUCCUGGUCGCAGCCAUCGUCCUGGGCGGCACGGGCUGGGGAUUUAAAAACAUCCGUCGUGGAAGGUAUGACCCGACCCAGCAGGGGGCGGUGUGAUGCCGGCCACGUCAUCCCUCCCGCUGUCCUUGUCUCCAUUUCAUUCGUCGUCCCCUUGCAUUCUGUUGACCUGGAGCUGGGACGAUCCGAUUCCCGCAGCCCCGCAGGCAGCCUGGGAAGCGAGUCCUCAGCCUGCGCUCUGGCCCUUCCUCCUGCCCACCCGCCUGUUGGGCCCUGCCUGGCCCACCUUCCGCUGUCCUUUCUGCAGCCGGGUCCCAUGGCCGGGUGGGCGCUGGAACCGUGCCCCGCAGCCCCCGCCCCUAGGAGGGGGCCUCCCUCUGCGUCCUCGCCCAUCUGUUUUGUCUCCAUGCCACCGCUGUCCGACCUCUGCCAGACCCCCUCCUGGCCAGCCUGUGACUUGAUGCCUCCAAGACCUGGGGGAGGGGGGACGGGGGGGGGCAGGCAGCUGGAGGGCUCUCCCUCAGGGCCCAGCCCCCUGUCCUCUCCUGACGCCCUCUCUCCAUUCCAGGUCCGGAGGGGCCUAAAGUGCCACGCUGCUCCCUCCGAGCCUGGCACCCACCGUCUCGGCCCCGGACCGCGAGGCUGCCUCCACCCUGCCACAGAGGGAGGCACCAUGCAAAUGUCUUCCAGGUCCAAACCCUUCGACUCCUGUCUGCACAGGGGUCGGGGUUGGGACUGUGGCCUCAUCUUUCAGACCACCUGGGUGGAGGGGCCUGGAGGGGGGCACUUCCUGCCCAGUUCCCCACCCCACCUCAUGCGGCUUUGGCCUUGCACAUGUCUCCCCCCGUGAAUGUAGCUCCCAUCGUCACAGACUGCCACAGCUCAGGUCGGGGCCUGGAGUGGCGCCUGGGGGGGCAGGUAGCCACCAGUGGACAAGGCUGGCUGGCCCCUCUUCAGAACCAGGCAGCUGGAACCAGGGUGGUAGCUCUCUGGGACCUCAUGGGAAGGAGCUGAUCUUACACGGUUUUUUCUUUCUUUUCUUUUUUUUAAGUCAAUCUUAACUAAUGAAUGUAACCUUGGGUGGCUGGGGCCAGGGGGCAGUUGUAGGGAAGUUUUGACACUUACAGGCGGGCCUGGAAGGCCCGUGGCCUUGAGACCUCCCAGAUCUCUCUCUGGAAGGCCCACACUGGAACCCAGCAGAGGCUGAGCAGCCCUGUGUGGCCCCGCCUCCACCCAGCUUAGAAGAAAUCAGAGUGCUGAUUCAAACCAAAGCUGCCUGUUCCGUGCCCACUGCCUAGCUCAUGGGGGCCGUGACCCUCUGCCCCAGACUGUCUUCGACUCCAAACCAACCGUUCUGUCCCUGCCAGGGUGCAUGCAUUUGGGGGUAUAGAAAAUAUAGUCCCUAAAAUAAAAUGGCACCUUUCCCCUUUCAAGAAGGGUGAUUCUGGGGCUGUCUCAGGGUUCAAGUGCCCCCUGAUGUGGCCUGGCUGUUCCAGAGCAAGCUACCUUCCCAGGGAGGCUCUAGGUAGGGAGAGCCAGGGGAGACCCCAGGGUUAGUGCCUAUGAUAUGUAAGAGACAUCAGGAAAGGGGAAGCCUCAUGGUAGAGUAUAGGCUACUAGGAAAGUCCUCAAGCCCCCCUCACCCCCCCAUCAAAACUCUAUUCAUCAUCCUCAUUCUGGGGCUGAGUAGUAAGUUUACAGAUGUUCCUCUGUCUGCCCUCCUCUGGUCCUCGCUACAGCCCAGCCCGAGAGCUGGGCCGAGGCUGGCAGAGCUGUGCGGCCCUCCCACGCAGUCUGUUGUGGCCUGCCUUCAGGACCCUGUGUGGGACAGAUGAGCUCUGGCCCCUUGCCCUUAAAGCCAAGCUGACUGGGCAGGAUGGAGCAGGCUCCCUUAUGGAUGAAAGCCACAAAUGAAAGGAACCCCCUUCUUGGGGACACCCCACUCAGGCUAAGCAGUGGCUCUGGAUAGCCCAGGGCCAGAGAGUUCCCCCAUUGUGUUCGACCUAUUUCUGAGGCCUCUCUGAGGAACGCUCAUGGGGGAAAAAAUGGCUUCCUUUUAUUUAAAGCACCCCAGCGGCACCCUGGAGCCUAGGGCCCAUUGGCAGCCUUUGGGAUGGCCAGAUGGUGUCGACUUCAGUGGGGUCCUCAGCACUGAGCCCCAGCUGGCACUGUCCCAGUGACAGGAAGACAGACUCGGCCACCAGUCCCACUAGCUGAGGACAGGGGAAAGGCUGGAGUUCCUUGAGACUUCUGUUAGGUGUCACACCUGCACACGGGUGGCAGUGCCCCUGGGCACAGACGUGUGGAUCUACGCCUCUGCACCACCGUGAAGGCCUCUGCACACAAGGGCAGGACCACCUGUGUCCACGUGUCCUCGGUGGGAACACGAACACAAGACUUCCCGUGACCAGUUCACCCCGGUCCCCGACUUUCUGCAUCUCCUGCCCCACCCAGGAAGGAAUGGGGGGAGGGGGCUGCAUUCACCUGGCCUGGACGUGGGUCCCUACACAUCCUGUAAAUAUGUCAUCUGGGCUGGGGUGGGGAGGCAGGGCCAGGGGCCCACGUUACAGAUUAAAGAUUACAUUCUGGGCUUCCAUGGAGCUCACAUCA